UGAUGGAGAACUUCCUGGUCAUCCACCAGCUCAGGUGUAACGGUGUGCUGGAGGGUAUCAGAAUCUGCAGAAAAGGUUUCCCCAGCAGAAUCCUCUAUGGUGACUUCAAGCAGAGGUACAAGGUGCUCAAUGCCAGUGUCAUUCCUGAGGGCCAGUUCAUUGAUAACAAGAAGGCUUCAGAGAAGCUGCUUGGCUCAAUUGAUGUCAAUCAUGAUGAGUACAGAUUCGGACACACCAAG